GAAACGGGAAAAGAAAAUAUCUAGGGCUUCGAAAAUUGGGCAUGAAGAAUAUUCUCCCCUCUUUUGAUCUAAUCUCAAUUUCGAUCUCGAUCUCUCUUUGAAAAUGGAGACUCAAUGGGUCGCCGAGUAUCCUCACGCCGUCAUGGAGAAGCGACCGAGGAAGAGGCCGAGGCUUACUUGGGACAUGCCGCCUCCGAUCCCGCCACCAAAGAUACCAAGGCAGAUGUAUUGUGGGCUGGAAGCUGUGAAUGGGGUUGACUCAAGCCAUAUAUUCUCCUCAUACUACUACCCUGGAAUGCCUCACCAUGCAUCUCCUCCAUGGAGAGAGGAUGACAAGGAUGGUCAUUAUGUGUUUGCAGUUGGUGACAAUCUAACUCCUAGAUUCUCAUUUGUGCAUAAAUAUUUGAUAGGGACUUUUGGGCAAGUUCUAGAAUGUUGGGACUUGCAAACGAGAGAAUUUGUUGCAAUCAAAAUUGUAAGAUCGAUUCACAAGUACCGUCAAGCUGCCAUGGUCGAAAUUGAUGUUCUUCAGAAGCUCUCAAAGCAUGAUAUUGGUGGCAGUCGUUGUGUGCAAAUUCGGAAUUGGUUUGACUAUCGUAAUCAUAUAUGUAUUGUCUUUGAAAAGCUUGGACCCAGCUUGUAUGAUUUUCUUCGGAAAAAUAGCUACCGUUCAUUUCCUAUCGACCUAGUUCGGGAGCUCGGAAGACAGCUUUUGGAGUCUGUAGCAUUCAUGCACGACUUAAGGCUUAUUCAUACUGAUUUGAAGCCAGAGAACAUUCUCCUUGUUUCAUCGGAAUAUGUCAAGAUCCCUGAUUAUAAGUUUCUUCCACGAUCAUCUAAGGAUGGUUCGUACCUAAAGAAUUUACCCAAGUCCAGUGCUAUUAAGCUCAUUGAUUUUGGGAGCACGACAUUUGAAAAUCAGGAGCAUAACUAUGUGGUGUCAACACGGCAUUAUCGUGCACCAGAAGUUAUACUCGGACUUGGGUGGAACUAUUCUUGUGAUUUAUGGAGUGUGGGUUGCAUCCUUGUCGAGCUGUGUUCGGGAGAGGCACUCUUUCAAACUCAUGAGAAUUUGGAACACUUGGCUAUGAUGGAGAGGGUGUUAGGCCCAUUGCCGCAGCACAUGAUGCACAGAGCAGACCGCCGAGCUGAGAAGUAUUUCCGGAGAGGUGUACGGUUGGAUUGGCCUGAAGGGGCUACUUCUAGGGAAAGCAUGAGAGCAGUUUGGAAAUUGCCUCGUCUUCAGAACCUUGUGAUGCAACAUGUUGAUCACUCUGCUGGGGAUCUAAUUGAUCUGCUACAAGGGCUUUUGCGGUAUGAACCAGCAGAGCGUCUGAAAGCACACGAAGCCCUCAGGCACCCUUUCUUUACCAGAAAUACUAGCAUAUGUUAUCCUGUGUAACUAAAAUGUCUCUUUUCUGAAAAAAAGAUGGAAAAGAUAUGAGGGUUUGCUUCACUGAGUGAUUAGCUUGACCUGCAGACAUUUUGCUAAUCAGAUGUGUAAGAUUGCUGUUGCUGUUGUAUAGGAAAUUGUUCAUGUGAUUGAUGUACCCAAUUGAAACAGCAAUAACAGGCUUGGUUUAUGUUACGUAAACUUGGUUUA